AAGCGUUCGAGAGAAAGCGCUCCAGAGUUGCGAGACACGCCACCUAAAAGGUACGCAGCUACACUUGAUCACAGAACACAUUCUUUUUUAGUCGCUAGUCUUUUGUAUCCUCCGCUCGUUGUCGUGAAUGUUUAAAGGAGGCCCGUCGAAACGCAGCAUCCAAGUUUAUGGGCUGGAACUUUUAAGAUCCGUCCUCUGCCAAGAUAAUGGUGCAAGUCAUGGACACAUGAGUUCAGUAAGGGGGCUCGAGAUGUAACCUCUGUGCUUUUCUUUGCUAGUGGAUUGUUCCUCCUCCUCUCCUGGUCUUGGGUCCUUGACUUUCAAGGCUCACCAGGCUCUUGCCAUUGGUCAGAAGGCAGCCUGCAUUUGUGCGGUGGGCUCAUCUGAAAGCCCACUGAGCCACUGACGUAGAUGUACAAUGUUGUCACGGUUGGUGGCCAGGCUGUAAUCUUCAGGACGAACUCUAACAAGUCAUACAUAUCCGCUGCACCACCAGCACCUGCUGUGAUUGUUCUGAAUCCUCUGAACCUGCCAGCACAAUGUCCUAUCCCCCGUAUAACCCUUUUGUCCCUGAAAGUUCCUCCCAGGGGCAAAAUAGAGUCUACAGUGGUCCGACACAGUGGGAGCCUCGGACAGGACUGCCUCAUUUUGGACAUACAUCUAGAAUUGACUCUUUGGGAGCUGCUUCUGCAAGCUCGGGGGCAGCAGCUCCACCGCAGUUAACUCCAUCAGUGAACUACAGGUCUGAAGAGAGUGGGCCCAUUGCGGGUACUCUAAACUCAAAGAUUCGAGUCAAAGAGGAGGUGAUUUUUCAGCCUGUAGGCCAGGGAGCUCACUUCACCAGCACUCACAGAGAUGGGUACCCUUCUUCAAACAGAGGUGGGACAUCUUCUCUGGCAUACUUAGACACUCAAGGACAUAGACUUUCUAAAGUUGACAGUGACAGUAGCUCCUUGAACUGGUUACCAGUCUGCAGUAAGGUCCCUGAAGAUUAUUCCUCCAAAUCCAGUUCAGAGUUGUGUGAUUAUGGCACUGGUGGAGUUGGUCAACCUGUGCCUCCUGAGUCCAGCUGCAUGUCGGACACUCCAGAACAGUUAGCUGACAAGAUCAUGAAGGACUUUGGACUUGAAAAAGAUGAUUUGAAUGUAUUACUCUCUUACCCUGAUGAUCAAACAACUGCUGAGAACCUGCCUUUCAUUUUGCACCACAUCCGGCUUCAGAAGGCAAAGAGAACUUCUGCUGCAGUUCAGUCGCUACCCCACUCUGAAGCCCAAAUUUCCACAAGCAUGAGUAGAAUGGAUGAAACAAGUGGUUCUCGAGGGUCAUCGAUAAAACAGGACAACAUGCCACCAAGUGUACUUCAACCAAGGAAAGUGAAUGAAUGUGGAGAAUCUGGCAAACAGACUCCAGAGUUUAAGGAUAAGAUUGAAAGGACCACUGACAGCACAGCUAACAGUGGUGAAAAUUUGUUGCUGAUGGACACGUUCAGUAGUAGCAGCCACAGUAGAGAACCGCUGCAGGGAAGUACGAUGGCAGUGAAAAGCGGUUUCUUGGUUUCUUCAGAUGAUCAGAUGAGUUCCAUCACCAGUGUUUACUCAACACAGAGCUCUGUGGCUCCUUCAAGCAGCGAUCAAGCUAAACAAGUGGAGGCCCAACCAAACCCGACUUCCAAACCAAUCGUCACCAGUUUCUCCCUGCUGAAGAAAGACUGUGACAGGACAUUGUUUAAGGUGGAAGUAUCCAAAUCUCCUCAUUCACAAGACCCAGUUCAUGAGUCCACAUCAAAAACUCAACCAUCUGACGCUUCAGUUCACGAUGAAAAUUCAGGCCAACCCAGCCAUGUGCUCAUGAGCGGUAACAACAGUUGCAUUGAUGGUUCCAGUAAAAUCCAAGGACAAGGGUCUUCUGAGGCCGAGCAGGUGACAAAGGGACACAUUAAGCAGGAGGUACAACAGCCUUCAGCUACUCAGCAGCAGAUGCAGAAUCUACCAGUACUGCAGAUGUGGAAAGCUUUGCAGUCUCAAUCGUUAGUUCCCGCAAAGCCUGAACCUCCAACUCUUUCGAGCUUUGUUGUCAUGGAUGCAUCACGUCCCCUUCUAGGUUCAGCGAUUGCUCCCAGUGAUCCUCACCCCAGUGUUAAUCCUCCAUCCCAGCCAGUCCUUGGUUCUGCAGGUGUCACUCAACUGCCAUGUUCUAAACGACAAUCUCCAGCAAAGAAGGCGUCCUCCAAGGGUCUGCCGUCAGCGGCCAUGAUGCAUGAUUAUGAAGGGGCCACACCGAAAGUGUUUUCACAUACCUGUUCUUUAUGUAAGACAGAAUGUACUUACAUAAAGGACUGGAUCUCCCAUGUGAAAACCAACCUGCACGCUGUCAACUGCAAACGCCUCCGGAAACAGUACCCAGAGUGGGAUGCUGAAGUACCACCACUGCAAAGUCCUCCAGGUGGACAGACUAAGACUUCAUCAACUCUUGCACAGAAUUCCCAGCAACGUCACCAGAAAACAAAGCAGAAGAGUAGUUCUCGUUCCCGAUCGCACAGCCCUCCUCGCCAGCACAGCUCUGAAGGAAGAAGGCAGAAACAUAGUUACAGGCCACAAGUAUUGCACAGCCCAAGACACAGUUGGAGAUCCCGGUCUCGUUCAUGCUCCCCACGGUAUGACAGCUCUACUUCCCGCCAUCGAUUGCGGUCAAGAAGCAAUGAGAGACGAUCCCCUUCAAGGAGAAGAGACAGGAAAAGGUCCCGGUCUCAUUCACCCUCUCCACGGCAUGACCGACCUACUUCCUUUCGCCAUCGAUCGCGUUCAAGAAGCAAAGAGAAGCUACCCUCUCCAGGGAAGAGAGAUAGAAAAAGGUCUUCACAAGGGAGAAGCCAUUCAAAAUCAUCAUCACCCAAGAGGAGGAGCCAUGAGAGAUCAUCCUCACCCAGGAGAAGGAGGAGGAGCCGUGAGAGGUCAUCCUCACCCAGGAGGAGGAGGAGGAGCCGUGAGAGAUCAUCAUCACCAAAGAGGAGGAGCCAUGAAAGAUCAUCAUCACCAAAGAGGAGCCGUGAGAGAUCAUCCUCACCCAGAAGAAGGAGGAGGAGCUGUGAGCGGUCAUCAUCACCCAGGAGGUUGAGGAGAAGCCCGAGCCAUGAGAGGUCAUCAUCACCCAGGAGGAGAAGCCAUGAGAGAUCAUUCUCACCCAGGAGAAGGAGGAGGAGCCGCGAGCGGUCAUCAUCACCCAGGUGGAGGAGCCAUGACCGUCCGUCAUCACCCAAGAGGAGGAGCCGUGAGAGGCCACAGUCACCAAAGAUGAGCCACGAGAAGCCAUCAUCAUCAAAGAAGAUCGAUGUGAAAAAAGUGUCACCAAAGAUGCAAGAACAAUCGUCCCCACUGAUAAAGAGUGUUGUGAAAAAUUUUGCACCAAGUAAGGUCCCUAAGCAACCAAGGAAGGAACAUGAGCGACCAUCGUCACCUGCGAAGAAGGGGUCAGUACCAAGGAAAGGCCAGAAAAGACAGGCGCUGCCGGAAAAGUCACUGUCUCAGGAAAAGAAGGCGAGCAGUGUUGAGAUACUCACAAAAAAACUCCUGGAAAUAUCAGCUGUCCAGUCUCUGGCAGCACAGCCCAAUGUAGAGGAAAUGGUUAAAACUGUGGUCUCUGUCACACUGGCUGAGCUAGCCAAGAUGAAUUCACCUUCCUCAUCCACACUGUCCAAAGACGGAAAGGUCUCCUCAUCUUUACCCAGUCCAGGACGACGUAGCUCAUCCCCUGAUACUUCUUCACAGUGCACCUCUAACGCAGUAAAGAUGGAGCUGACGACAGAGUCAUCUGAAGUGCAGUCUAGUCGCGAAGCAUGUUCUCCAUCAAAGCCUAAACUACGUAAAGCUUCAGCUCCAACCAUCUUGAAACUAAAAGGAGACUUUGACACCAUCUGUCGCAGUGAUGUGGUUGAUGCUAUGGAGCUCUUUGGAAAAACCAAAUCGGUUUUGUUUUUAAAGUCCAAACGAGAGGCAGUCGUGUGUUUUGAGAAGGAGGAAGACGCUGAGAAGCUGAGGAGUGUAAAGACCCUUAAUGUGAAAGGAAUAUCAAUCACUGUUGUCACAGAAGAGGAUGACGUUUCUGAGAAGCCCUCUUCAAGUUGUACAGCAGAGCAGACGGUACCCCCACAUCAAAAAUCUGCAGUGUCCAGUGUCACACCAGUUGAAACAAAUAAUUCAGGUUCUACUGGAAAUCUUGUCCUCCUUCCAAUUAAAGCACUUCUAUCUAUACAAAAACAACCCAGGAACACCAAACUUGUAACAAAGGCAAAAGUCUUGGUUUCCAAAGCAAAAACAGUUUCAAGCAAGCAGGUUGUCAGAAGUGUAAAAACAGGCAAUUUUCCUGCAAAAGGAGGAGUGAAAUCAGUAUUGUUAAAAAAAGAAGCUUCCAAACUCUUAGGACACAAGAAGUCUAAAACUUCAGAAAAAAGUCCAGAUUCUGGUGACUGUAAAGAAAAGCCAACACCCAAACAAGCUGAGACCAGUGCUAAAGAAUGUGCAAUAACACCCGAAGAGACUACCAAAAUGAAAAAAUCAUCAAACAUUACUAUCACUGAGUCAAUUGAAGUCAAGGGAAUGGUCUCAGAGGCAAAAGCCUCAGCUGCAAAAGCAGAAACGACCUCAACCACAUCAACACCUGAAACUGGAGAGGACAUUGAAGUGGGAACUAGAGCUGUGACAAAUAAAAAGCCAGAGGACACUACUAAAUGUUAUUCUUACAGAAAAGGGGAAAACCAGACAGAUCCAGACUUCCUACAAAUUAAAUUCAGUGAGAGUUAUCCGCCAAACAAUAAAGACAAAGAAGUUGCAGGAAAGGAAAUCAGUAUGCCUUCUGAAUCUAGAGUGACAGAAAAUCAGUCGGAUGCUGCCAAGGGUUUGAAAGCGAAAGAAAUGGAAACGAAGAUUCAAGAAUCUACAUUGAAACCUGGAAAAACAACCAAGGGUUUUAACACAGGAAACACAAGAACUCCUGAAACGAAAGAAUAUGCAGAACCUACCACAGCUGGUGUUGAGAUAAAAGAGGUCAAAGAGACGGGCCCACAGAAGCCUGGAGAAACUAAUGCAACACAGCCCAUAGAUGUUACAAGUUGUACUAAGGGCAAAGAAGAAAAAAGGGAAGAAACAAAAAGCUUUCCAACUAAAUCCAAUGAGGGUCCUCCACCAUCCAAUACAGAAGUUAAAAGUUCUACCGAAGGCAAAGGAGGUAAACUGAGAUAUACAAAAAGUUCACCAACUAAAUCCAAUGAGGGUCCUCCACCAUCCAAUACAGAAGUUAAAAGUUCUACCGAAGGCAAAGGAGGUAAACUGAGAUAUACAAAAAGUUCACCAACUAAAUCCAAUGAGGGUCCUCCACCAUCCAAUACAGAAGUUAAAGGUUCUACCGAAGGCAAAGGAGGUAAAGUGGGAUAUACAAAAAGUUCACCAACUAAAUCCAAUGAGGUACCGCCACCAUCCAGUACAGAAGUUAAUAGUUCUACUGAAGUUAAAGGAAGUAAAUUGGGACAUACAAAAGAUUCACCAACUAAAACCAAUAACGGACCUCUACUGUCCAAUACAGAAGUUAAAAGUUCUACCGAGGUCAAAGAAAGAAAAUUGGGAGAUAUAAAAAGUUCACUAACUAAACCCAAUGAAAGACCUCCACCAUCCAAUACAGAAGUUAAAAGUUCUAUUGAAGUCAAAGAAGGUAAAAUGGGAGGUACAAAAGGUUCACUAACUAAACCCAACGAGGGACCUCCACCAUCCAAUACAGAAGUUCAAAGUUCUGCCGAGGGCAAAGGAGGUAAAAUGGGAGAAAGAACAGUUUCACCAACUAAACGCAAUGAGAGUCCACCACCAUCCACUACAGCAGAGACCACACCAGAUGAGUCUGUAGCUGAUCCACCGCAGAAACAACAGAUAGUCACUUCUGAAAGCACAGAGAAAGCUUCAUCGCAGGUCCAGUUAAGUGUAACGCCACCCCCAAAGCCCAAACCUCAAGGACCAGAGAAGAUUGUGAUUUUACCAAAGCAACAGAAGGCUGCUGGAAGACUAGUUGGAGCUGCUUUGGAGGCAAAGCAGGCAGUCAAAAAUGUGGAGACAACAAUAAAUAAGAUGGAUCCAUCUACUGCCCUGAAAACUCAGAAGAAUUUAACAUCAAAACCCACCAGCUGUGUGUCAGCUGCAUCCACAGCGGUGGCUGCACCUGCACAAACCCUGCUUAAAACAAUAACACCUGCAGCAGUGAGCAAAACAUGGCCGGCUGCUACUGCUGAUACCUCCCUGACCGUUGGGGAGCGGAUAGAGAAGCACCUUAAUCUACAACAAUUAAACUGCGUCUCGCUACAAACCAUCAUGGCAUCCAGACUUUUUGCACUUGACUCAACACUGCUUUUGAUAACCAACCUGCCGAAGUAUGACAGCUGUUGCUACACAGAGGCUGACGUCGUGAAUCUGCUCUGCAAAUUUGGAUUUGAUUAUGCCGACGACAACAUCUUCAUCAUACCACAGAAGUGCAUGGCUUUCGCCCUCAUGCCAAAUGUGUGGACGGUGCAGCAGAUUAUCAGGGCAUCGCUGCUCCAUCAGGUCAUCUUCAAACAACAUGAACUCCAUUUGGAAGUUGUGAAAAGUGACAUUUUAAUGACACCGUUUGGAUUUUAUAAAUCUCUAAUGGAGCUGACGCCUUUUCAGAGCCUGAAAGAUGAUGGAACAAGUACGGUCUACAUCCAGAACAUCUCCUCGAGCGAGGCCAGAGAUCUCAGACAAGCUUUGAGAAAAAUCGGUUCUGUGAAAAACUUCCUGCCUUUGCUCAACAAGGUUUUUGUUGAAUUUGAGUCCAUUCAUGAUGCAGAUCGACUCGGAGUUUGGUACAGCCUCCUGAAAGUGGGACAUCUCCACAAAGUUGACCGGAUGAAAAUACCGCGAAGUUUCAAGAAAUCACAACCACCAAGACUGCCAAUGAACGCGAUGCCAGACAGCAAGGAUAUAAUUCCCGGGGCAGUAAUGUCCACCACAAAGUGUGGCAUUCCCCAGGGCACCACUCCACCAUUUUGGGUCACUAUGACAACCAUUCCCUAUCUGUUCCCAACAGCAUCUCCAUGGUUUAACAUCCCUGAUUUUCUUACCAUUCGUAAAACGGAUUACAUUAAGCAAGUUCACCAUCCAGGCUCUAAGUUCUCCACAAUCAUGCUGACGGGUUUGCCCGAAGGAAACUACACCCACAACGAUAUUGCCAAGCUGGUGUGGCCUUAUUUCCCCAAGCAGACUCUAAAUGCUUUGUACUACAACUUGCUGGUCCUCCCACUGCAGAGGAGGGCCUUCGUGUUUUUCUGCAGCCGGGAUGCUUGCAGCAGUUUUGUCCAAAAUCACAUCAGAAAUCCAGUUUCCAUCAGAGGCUGCAAGCUCCAAAUUCACUUCGUCUUACAGGACGUGCAUGCUGGAUCCAGGGAGGAGAUCAUGUACAGAUCUUUGAUGAAAUGGAGCAAUGCUCAUGCACCAGAGCUGGAGCAUCUGGAGGAGCGGCUGCUGUGCGUGGAGAUCUCUGAAAUAAGUGUGGACUUAAUCAAGAGGGUUAUGAAAGAGGUGGCAUCCAUUGCUUCUUUUGUCAACUUCAUGCCACUCGCCAACCGGAUAUGCAUUGAGAUGGUUGGUUCCAGAGGUGUAACGCAGGUGGUGGAGGAGGUUUCUGCCAGGACAGACUUAUCUACACACAAAACCUGGAGCAAAGUUGGGCGCAUUAUAACUCUGAAGAGCCUAAAAAAGCGUUUAGAAGACUCAGGUGAGACCACAAUAAACCUUGAGGUGGAAACCACAGACAUCAAGGCCAAGUCGCCGGCUGUGAAAAGCGAAGCACAGCUUCCCCCCUCUGAGACUUCUAAUAAAGGGGUGCAGCCUGCCUCCACAAAACCAGCUGCUUCCACUGGGUCCACCAUUGCUAAAUCCGAAAUCAAGUCUGAGGAAAGCUCCACCAAACCUCCACAUGUUGUCUUGGCUUCCAAAGCAAAAGACUCGACUAUAAGGGCAUCUCAACCCACUAAGGAAAAUUUGACUGAAGGAGGAGCCGGGACAGCGGUCAUAGUGGAAAAAACUGCAGCAAAGUCCACAAAUGUGCCGUCCAAAUCUGUAACCUCAGGAAGUCAGCGAGAGGCUCCCGAUACUUCAAAUACAGACAAAUUGGAAACAAAGGUUCAAGAGUCCACAUUGGUCCCGAAAGACACAACUAGAUUUGUAGAAACAAGAAGUGAAACCGCUCCUCACAAGAUGCAACAAGCAGAACCUGCUGAUGCUGCAUCAGAAGUGGUCAAAGAUGCCGGAUCAUUGGAGCAGAAAAAGACAGGAGUAGGAGAAACUAAAAGCUCUGCUGAGGAAACAAGACAGAAUCUGACAAAUGUAAAGGCCAUACCUACUAAACCCAGUGAGAGUCGCACAGCAACCAGUACAGAGUCUCCACCUAAACCUACUGAUUCACCUGAAUCACAGCUGACUACCAUCACACUUUUAGACACCUCAGCCAAAGCUUCACCACAGGUCCAAAAGAAGACCACAGGUCCAGGGUUGUCUUCUGCACAAGGACCAGAGACGGAUGCUUUGCCAAAGCAAAAUCAGGUUAAAGGAAGUUCAGCUACAGCUGCUUUGGAGCCUAAAAAGAUGGUCGGAGAGAUGCCAACAGAAACACCAGGAAAAGAUCCUGUCACUUUUGGGAAAAACCAGAUGGAUUCAGCAUCCAAAGCUGUCGCCAUAUUACCAGCAGCAGUAACCAAGCAACCGGCUUCAGCUGUGUCUCCAUCAGCUGCCAAUUCCUCCCUGACUGUUGGAGAGAGGAUUGGAAGUCUUCUGCAUAAACAGAUCAUCACUUGUUGUGGUUUGCAGAAGAUCACGUCACCCAAAGCUUUUUCACCUCAGAUAAGGCUAUUGAUGAUUACCAACCUGCCGGAGUAUCACGACAGCAGCUACACAGAGGCUGACCUUGCCAAUCUGCUCCACCAGUUUGGUUUUCAAUAUAAGGACACAAACAUCUUUGUUAUUCCUCAGAGCUGCAUGGCUUUUGCACUCAUGCCAAGUUAUGAGAGUGUGCAUUGGGCUGUCAAAGCUUCGAGAAAGAAAAAGAUUGUGCUCAGUGGAUCUGAACUUGGUCUGCACGUCGUGACCAGCAGAAUUUUGAUGUCACCAUUUGGGUUUUAUAAGUCUCUGAUGGAGCUGAUCAAUUUUCAAGUAACUGAUGAUGGAUCGAGUGUAAUCUACAUCAGCAACAUCUCUCCAAGCCAGUCCAGGGAUCUCAGGAAAGCUUUGACAAAAAUUCAAUCUGUAAAAAACUACCUGCCUCUGCUUAACAAGGUGUUUGUCGAAUUUGAGUCCAUUCGUGAUGCCGAUCGGCUUGGAGUGUGGUGCAGCCUCUUGAAACAUUGUCCUACUUAUAAAAUCUACAGGAUGAAAAUACCACGAAGCUCCACCGGAGCACUGCCACCACGACUGGCAGCGAACGCUCUGCCCGACAGUGCAAAUAUUAUUGCUGGAGUAGUUGCUCCGACGACGAAGUGCGGUGUUCCACAAGGCAGCUUUCCACCAUUUUGUGUCACCAUGAAAACUCCUCCCUUUGUGUUCCCCACUACAUCUCCUUGGUUCAUCAUUCCAAAUUUUCUGACGGUCACAAAUCAAAAUAUUAGCGCUCACAGCCACAAGUUUUGCACAAUCAUGUUGACGGGUUUGCCAGAAGGACACUACACACACAAUGACGUGGCUAAGCUGGUGUGGCCUUAUCUCCUCAAACAGAACCUUCAGGCUCUGUACUACAACAUCCUGGUCCUGCCACUGCAGAGGAGGGCUUUUGUGCAUUUUCAUGACCAUGGUUCACGCCUCUGUUUUACCAGAGAUCACAGUAAAGUUCCAGUUUCUGUCAAAGGCUCUGUGUUGAACGCCCACCUUGUCUUAGAGCCAACUAAACCUGGAUUCAGUGAGGAGAUCAUGUACAGAACACUAAUGAAAUUGAGCAAUGCCCAUGUUCCAGAGCUCGAGUCACUCGAAGAUCGACUGCUAUGUGUGGAGAUGUCCGAGAUAUCCGUCCAACUCAUCAUCAUGGUGAUGAACACCGUGCUAAUCAUUGCCGAUUUUGUCAGCUUCCUGCCCCUCGCUAACAGGAUUUGCAUUGAGAUGGCUGAAGUAACUGAUGUGACGAAGGUGGUGGAGAACAUCUCUUGUGUAACCACUCCUGAGGAAUGGAGUAAAGUUGGACGUGUUGAGUCUUUGAAGAGCUUCAAGCAGCGUCUAAAAGACUUGGGGGAGGUUACAGUAAACUUUGAGGGAGACACCACCAGAAUCACAGCCAAGACCCCGACUGUGAAAGGUGAAGCACAGCUUCCUCCCCCUGUUACCUCUGAUAAAGGGACCCAACCUGCUCUCCAAACCAGUACACCUGCUUCUGCAAAACCAGCUGCCUCAGCUGGGUCCAGUCUCUCUAAAACCAUCACAACAGAACCAAAAGGCACCACCCCAAGUGACAUAAUGAAAGAGACCAGUGAGAAAGUGGGAACUGAGACCACCACAGCCUCCACUGCUGCUGUGGAGGCAAGCGAUGAUCAAGAGAAAAUAGGACUGAAAGAAAAAGUGGCUGAACAUCCUGGCGUUGGCUUGGCCUCCAAAGUGGAAACGGCUUUGGCCUCUCAGACUUCUCAACCUGGCGGGGAUAAUCCAACCACGGCGAGAGCCGAGAUGAAGGAAAAGAUGGAAGAAACCGAAGCAAAGCCAGUUAACGUGCCGUCCACGUCUGCAAGUUUAGAAAACCAGCCCAAUGUGGCUGAAGCUUCCAGCAGCAAAGACGCAGCCAGGGUUGAGACAAAAACAACUCCUCAAAUUAAGCAACAGGUAGAACUUGUCAAGGCUGAUGUUGAGACAAAAGAGGUGAAAGAUGCUGAACCAAAGCUAAUGAUAAAAGCAGACGAGGCAAAAGUUAAGAAAGCUGCAGGUUCUGCUGACGACAAAGGACAAAAACUGGCAGAGACGAAGACCUUGCAAACUAAACCCAGUGAGAGUGAUCCUCAAACCAGUACCAAGACCACAGCUGGUACGUCUCCCUCUUCAUCUGCUGCUCCACCUCAGUCACCACAGACCCUCAAAACUCAGAAACCCUUGGUUAAAGCUUCAUCACAAGCUCAACAGAGUCCAGUGCCAAAUGCAAAACCUGCUGCUCAGGAGCCGAAAACCAGGACAAACGCUUCAGAGAAGCAACCGCAGGCUGCAGGAAGCUCAGCCGAAGCUGCUCCGCCUUCAAAGCCAAAGACAAAACUGGAGCAAAAAGAUGCUCCAGAGCCCCAAAAUACUCAAGGAACAGCUGUUGGGAAAGAUCCACCUGUGAUGACUGAAGCUACUACAUCCUGCAAAAAUGAGUCCACCAAGCAAGCUGCCGAGAGCAAAGAGCAUCCAUGUGCACCCACGUUCUCAGCUGGUUACGACUCCCUGACUCCUGGGGAGAAGAUAGGAAAAUACAAUAUAGAAUUCAAGCUUCUUUCUAAGAGUAUUCGUUGUCCUGAGAAGUCGUCAAAGAUCUGUCCUUGGGGACCAAAGCGCUUGAUGAUAUCCAACCUGCCAGAGUACCACGAUGGCUGCUACACAGAGGCUGACUUUGUCAACGUCCUGAAACAUCAUAAGGUUUUGUUUGAUGAGGAUGAUGAAGUCAUUAUCAUUCCUCAGUUACGUGUGGCUUUUAUCCUCUCAUAUCAUAUAAAGAGGGUGCAAAAAAUGUUCAACACACUGAGAAAGAAGAGUGUUAUAUUCAAAAGGUCAACACUUUCUGUGGGCAUUGUAGCUGAUAAAACCCCCAUGACACUGUUUCAUAUUUAUGGACAUCUGAUGAAACAAAUCGGUUUUGAGUCUGAAAAUGAUGGGAAAAAUACAGUUUACAUCAAGAACAUCACGCCAAGUGAGAUCAGUAAUCUCAGGAAAACUCUGAGAGAGAUUGGAGAUGUGAGAAACAUCCUGCCGCUCCUCAACAAGGUUAUUAUUGAAUUUCAGUCUCCUUUUGAAGCUGAUCGGCUUGGAGUUUGGUGUAGCCUCCUCAAACAGAGCCUCCCCCACAACAUCUACAGGAUGAGAUUUCCCAUAUCCACCAUCAAGUCAGAAGCACCAAAGCAGCCUGCACGGGCUUUUCCACACAGCAGUGAUAUUGUUGCCGGCGCAGCCAUCCCAACAUCUAAAUGUGGCGUUCCAGAUGGGAGCACUCCACCAUUUUGGGUCACCAUGACAACUAGUCCCUUUGUUUUCCCAACCAUAUCUCCUUGGUUCAACAUCCCAGCUUAUCAGACAAUCAGUCGAAGAACAGGUUUUACGGAAGCUUCCUUUAAACCCUACAACUUCUCCACAAUCAUGUUGACAAAUCUGCCACAUGAAGCCUACAUGCACGAGGAUGUUGCAAAGCUGGUGUGGAGUUAUUUCCUUGAACAGAACCUCUUCUCUCUGUACUCCAGAGUGAUAGUCCUACCACUGCAGAGGAGGGCUUUUGUGUAUUUUACUGACUGGACUGCGUGCUGCAGAUUUGUCCGAGACCACAUCAAAAAUCCAGUUUCUGUUCUUGGCCAAACGCUCGAGAUCCACUUGGUCUUAGAGAACAUGGACCUCGGAUCCAGUGAGGAGGACUUGUACACAACUCUGAUGAAAUGGAGCAACUCUCACGUUUCAGACCUGGAGUUUUUGGAGGAGAGGCUGCUGUGCAUGAAGGUCUCAGGAAUUAAUAUGAAUCUCAUCAUGGCAAUCAUGAAAGAUGUCAUGGGCGUUGCAUCGUUUGUCCGUUUCCUUCCGCUUGCUAACAGGAUCUACGUUGAGAUGGCCGAUUCCAGUGGCGUAACAAAAGUGGUGAAGUGGUGGAACAGCUGUGAGGCUGGACAUUGGAAGACUGGGGGGAAAAUUGGCUGUAUUGAGUCCUUAAAGAGCAGAAAAUGCCGUCUACAAGGCUGUGAAAAGAUUGCAGUGAACCUUGAUCUGGGCACAAUAGGUUUGUUCACCCAACGCACAGCAGCGGAAAGCAAAGCACAGCCUCCUCCUGCAGCCCUUUCUGAAUCAGCUGGACCAAGUUCUGCUGCUGCAGCUGACUCAGGCAUGAAGGAGAAGCAUGGAACUGAGAUCACAGUCAACUCCACCACUGCUCCUAAGACAAGCAAGGAUGUGGAGACGUCUGAAAAGAAACGGGGGUUACAGACGAGCCCUGCUGUGCCAGCCACAAGUCUGGUCAAGCCUGUGGAAAGUGUUGCAGAACUUCCUCUCAUUGACGAAGACAGUUUCAAUGCAAUUAAAGCAGCAGUUCACCAGUACAGGCUCUCACGAAAAAGCACCACACCGAUCAAGGACCAAAAGAUCCCGAGCCAAAGCAACACCAAAUCUGGGGUCUCGCUGCAAACAAAUAAACGAUGCAAAAAGGAUUACAUUAAAGCCGGCUUUUUUUCUAAAGACGUUUUUGGCAAAAAAGAUUUCAACUUUGAAGACCUUGUGACGAUUGAUGAAAUUAGUGAAGACACAGAUGACAAGGCUGUUAACCUUACUUCACUCAGACAGACCUCUACAGAAAAAACAGAGCAGCAAAGUUCAGAUUUGUCCUCUGCUACCAAAAGACCCUCAACAAGAUCCAAUGACAGCUCAUCUUCUACAUCAUCCUCAUCAAAGUCCACAAAAAGCAACUUGAGUUCCACUUUGACCUCUGUGCCAACAAAAACACAAAAAGACUCAACAGAUGGCACCAAAUCCCAAACCACACCCUCUUCCAGUCUGAAGAAUGACUUUCAGGGUGAAACAGGCCAAGAGGACAAAAGCAAAGGGGAGAAGGAUGAAUCUGGGAAGCACGCAGAGGAGGAGGAAGAUGAUGGUAAAAAUGACCAAAUCCCUGAUUCAUUCUGUGAUGGAACUGAUGAACAGAUGGUCAAAGAAGAGAAGCAAGACAGCAGUGAAAUCCGGAAACCUGGACCAGAGCAAUGGCAGAGGUCAUAUCAGGUCUUGGACAGCGUAGAGGAUGAAGGUAAACCCUGCAGUGAAACUGAGAUAAAUGCUCCUCUUGGUGAAGAACAAGCAGCUCCAGUUCAAGAGAUCAAAGAUGAAGGUGCCUCUGUAAAGCCCGAUCAGAGCGCCACAAAAAGUGAACGUGAAAAGAUGGAGGAUUCCCCAAAGAACCAGGACAAGACAGCUGAUAAACACUCAACACCAACAAAGGACGUCACCCGAGGGAACGUCAAAAAGACGGUUACCAAGGCGAUUCAAGAAACCUCAGCCACAGAGAGGUCCAGUAGAAGAACUGUCAGAGAAAUCAAAGGGGAUAAAAAGGCAUCACAAGACAAGGUGAUCAUUGAUGAACCAAGCAUCAUGACAAGAUCUGCCAGAGGAAGAAGGAAUAUAAGUCAGAAUGAGACGAAAGAAAUCAGCACCCCAGCAGGGAAGAGAAACACACCUACCAGACUUUCACAGAGGCUAAACAAAAAGGGAACUACAGAGAAAGAAGACAAAGCUUCUCUAAAGGAAAGCACAUCAACGAAGAAAAAUGAUGUUCAAGACAUAAAUAAGGAGGAAGCCUCUCAAAGUGAACGUGAGGAAGAGGAAGGGACAACAACCAGGACGAGAGGUCGACCCAGGAAGAGAAGCAGAUUGACUCCAGUGAGAAAAUCACCCAGAGGGAGCAAAGCCGAGUCUUCUGAGAACCAGACACCAACCAGAGUGGAGAAGGAGAGAGGCGACAGGGCCACGGCUAAAGUGAUUCGUAAACAGAGGAGGGAGCUUGAUGAAACUGAAGCAAAGCGAUCUCGUUCUCAGUCUCCUUGUGUUGCUGACGUCUUCAAUCUGCCGCCAUUCGACCCUAAAACCCCCCUCGGUCAGGACUUUGUGGAGCGUAAGUGGGGUUAUUUCUGCAGCAUCUGCUCCGUUCCCUACCUGAAUGAGGGCGCCGCCGAGGAUCUGCACUGCAAAACCCAGACACACUACGACAAUCUGCAGAAACAUUACCAGAAGUGCCAAAAGAAACCACCUUCAGUGUUGAUGUAAAGCCCUUAUGGUGCUUUGUUUUGUUUUCUUAUUAAAAAGAAAGAAACCUGUGUCUUGAUAGCCAAGUUUUUAGAACUGUACAGCCAAAGCAGCAAGUCCUCAACUUGAUUCCUGGCUGGCUGGACCAUUUUCUUUAUUCCCUACCUAAGAACCUUCUUUAUAAAAGUUUUCUUCACUUUUUUUGCAUAUAUAUUUCCAAAGUUUGCACUUUCUGGUGACAAAAGUAUUAUUUUCUAUGCAAGCAGAUAUAAAGAAAAGUUUUUUUUUACUGUUAUUUUUUUAAUACAAUAAGUAAGUGAUACAGUUUUUUCAAUGAAUGUAUUUGUUAUAAAAGGAGAAAACCUUAUGGAUAUCAUUAGUUAAACAUGUAGAAUCCUGAGAAGUCCUUGACAGUGUUGGCAAUUCACAGGAGUGAAGAAAAUAAUUUAGUCUUUUACUUUAUACAUGUUGAUCACCAGCUGUCUCCUCUUUCAGAGGGUCCUAUAUGAUCAGUUAUUUCUGUUUGUUUGUUUUUUUUAUAAAGCGAUUAAGUCCAAAUUGUCAUAUUUUCUGAUCAAUUCAGUGAAAUAAAUGUUUUAUUCAUUUUAAA